UAACAAACAGCCCAGAUGCAUACAUUCAGAAGGGAAGUUUCCUGAUCAGGUUUGGAAAAUUUUGAGAAAGUGGUGUUGCUUGCAUUCCAAUCCGAAUAUCCUUACAAUCAUCAUCAUUGCCUUUUAUAAGGCAAGAUACUGAUAAUCCCUUGAUCGCUCAGAACGACUUUAAUCUUGCACAAGAUGUCUGUUCUGUACGGGCGUGCAAACGCCAUUCCAUCAUCAUCACGUAUGCUGAUAACAUGCAGAAAUAGUGAUGGAAGAAUAGGUCACAAAGAUCAAAAGAGGACAUACUAUCGAUCUUCCAAUACAAGAACUAGCUCCAACAUGCAAUCUUCAUCGACUGUCAAUAACAUCUCCCCAUACUACCAGCCACAGUUCACUCGAGGUUAUCGUGACUUUUUACGUGUUCAUGCUGCUGGUGGAGGUAGUGCAAGGAUCCCACUUCGGAAUGGCAAGAAUGGCGUAUUUGGCGUCGCAACUUCUCGUGGUUCGCGGGCAAAACAAGAAGAUACAUAUAGCGUUGCUUGUUUACAGAUCGAUCCACUUGAACUUCGACAAAGUUUGCAAACGAGCAGAAGUAGAGUGAUUCAAGAAGCUGGGAAACGAUGGGACCCGGCUUUUGCUGGCACUGGCGGAGGUGGAGAAGCAGAAGAGGAUGAAAUUGCAGGUCAGGUGGUUUGGUUCGGCUGCUUUGAUGGGCAUGGAGGACCACAGAUAUCCACUUUUCUUAAGGAGGAAUUGCAUCAAGCAUUCGAAGAGGUUGAGCCGAAUAUGGUAACUGAUACGGCCCGCUCUACACGCAAAUUGGGCGGAUACUUCCGAAGAUUUACAGGUGGCUUGAUGGAGAGAUGGGUCAGACAAGAUUACUUGCCACAAAUCAGACCCAGCAGACCCGGCCAAGCCCAUCAUCGUCCAAAGUCAGAAGCAGAAGGUGGAGGAAAAGAAGCCGAUGGAGCACCACUUUCGACUGAAGAAAUGGAACGAAGAGCAAGAGAGAUCAAAACACAACAAAAACAAGCACAAGAAGAAAUGCAAAGUGAUUCACCUACCGGGGUGAUUGAAGUUGAACGUAUCGAUCCACCAGAAGAAGUUUCGAAAGAAUGUUUAACGAUCGCAGAAAGAGCAACACUUGCUUGGUUACAUAUGGAUCGUAGAAUUCAAUCUUCAAAAGUGUUGAAUAUUGGAGGAUCAACUGCUUCGGUUGCUCUUUUGCACAGUUUAGAUCAACCUGCAACCCCUUGGUAUUCAAGUCAAUUACUCAGCGUAACUUCUGUUCAUAUCGGAGAUACAAGGAUGCUCUUAUGUCCGGUUGCUGAUGGACAUGCGAUCCCGCUGACGAAUUAUCAUCAUCCUGACGAUCGUAGUGAAGCAGAAAGGUUACGAAAAUUAGGCGCAGGUUUGGUGACAGAUUCGUUCGGUGAAGCAAGAUGGAUGGGUGCAUUGGCAAAUACAAGAGCUUUUGGUGAUAGCAAAUUCAAAAAAGCAGGUGUAACUUCUGAACCUGAAGUUAUCACGCAAGUUUUGAAAGGUGAUGAUUUUUCUUUUAUUAUCGCUUUUAGUGAUGGUGUUGGAGGUGUGGUAAGCGAUCAAGAAGUUGUUGAUCUUUGCAGAGACGCUCGUCAUCCUCAUGAUGCAGCCCAAGCAGUCCUUCGAUAUGCAGAGGCCCUUGGAAGUGACGAUAAUGCAACUGUGCUGUGCAUUCCAUUGAGAGGUUGGGGCAAAACACAAGGCGAGGACAGUACAGCGGAGCAACGAAGAUUCAAAUUGAGCAAGGUGGACAUCUUCCGAGAUCACAGGCAAUAACUUUGGAGCUAUGUGAUGCUUCGAGACUGAAAGGAUAUGUUUUUACUUUCAGGAGAUGCGAUAUAGAAUUCGUAUUCAUGACUCUAUAUUUUUUUUGUAUUAUACACAUAUUGGAUAUCCAUUAGACAUACAUCAUUGCAAAUGUGAUCAUACA